AUGCCAGUUGCGCUUGCAUCUGGUAUUCCUCACCAACACGCCAAGCGAGGCGCCGAAACCAACGCAACGCUCUACGCGUACGGAACAAACGCCUCUUCCUGGCCCGUUGCAUAUGGUCAGAGCGAUGGUCUCCUCUACAUCACACAAGAUCCCACCGCAACCGCAGGACUCAUCCCUUUAACCUGGGACCUGGCAUCGAUCACCGGGGAAUGCUGGAUCGCAAACGCUACAUUCGUCAACGGGACGAAAGCCGGGUCUAUGUACAUCAUGGAGCAGAAGGACUAUGCUGUCGGUAUUCUGCCACAGACCCGGGUAGCUUAUUUGAACGGCACUGUGUCCGGGUUCGCAUUGUUCGCGACACAGCUCGUGUAUAACAAUAACACGCUGCUUGAGGCACAGUUCUGGGCUUCGGCGACCAACACGAGCGGUAUCUACGGCUUGAAAUGGACUCUUGAUGACAGUACGCCAAAUGGUGAGUUUCCUGUGGUCAUCAAGGCCUCGGAAGAUUCCUGA